CUGGCUUGACCGCGGCUCAGAACUGACGGCUCACUUGACCGCAGUUUAUACCAGCGCUCUCUCUUCAUCAGGACAUCUUAGAGAUAAACAUGCUGGUCUGGAUAGUGUGCGCAGCUUUGAUUUUAGGUGGCCUUUUACUCCGCCAUCCUUACUUCUUCCAGGAUGUUCAAUAUGUGCUCUCUAAAAUAAAAGUAAGGCGCUUCAUCUUAAAGUGCAUGCGGACUAAUUACUUAAUCUUGGACCGGUUUUUAGACUUGGUACAGAAGCAGCCGCACAAGCCUUUCAUUUACUUUAAGGACGAAACGUUCACGUACCGGGAUGCAGAUCUCCUGAGUAACAAAGCCGCCAGAGCGCUUCUGCAGUCUGGAUGCGUAAAAGAAGGUGACACGGUGGCACUGUUCCUGGAGAACCAGCCGAUGUUCCUGUGGCUCUGGCUGGCUUUGGUCAAGAUUGGAUGUUCCGGGACUUUGCUCAACAACAACAUCAGGUCCAAGUCUCUGUUACACUGCCUCAACUGCAGCGGAGCCAAAACUCUGGUAGCAGCUGAAGAGUUACUGGAUACAGUGAAGGAGGUCCUGCCCCAUCUGCUCGAACAGCAGGUCACUAUUUUCAUCUUAGCUGACAGAUGCAAAACUGCAGGUUUGGAGAGCUUCAAAGACAAAAUGAAUGAGGCUUCCUCUGAGCCUCUACCCAAGGCAUUAAGGUCACAUUUGACCCUGCAGAGUCCAGCAGUCUACAUAUACACCUCAGGAACAACAGGUCUUCCUAAAGCAGCUGUGGUCACUCAUAGAAAACUGUGGAGCUUGUCUUUAUUUCUGGCUAUGUCAGGAGUGGACUCCAAAGAUGUGAUUUAUGAUAGCCUCCCUCUUUAUCACAGCACCGGCCUCAAUGCCUUCACUGGGGCCAUUGAGAGAGGUAUUCCUGUUGUUUUGAGGAGUAAAUUUUCUACUUCUCAGUUCUGGGACGACUGCAGAAAAUAUAACGUCACUGUUAUACAUUACAUAGGUGAAAUUAUGCGUUACCUCUGCAACACUCCACAGAAACUCAGUGAUAAAAACCACAAAGUCAGACUUGCAAUAGGCAACGGGAUGAGAGCAGAUGUUUGGAGGGACUUUGUAAGACGGUUUGGAGACAUUCAAAUCAGAGAGUUUUACGGAUUGACUGAGGGGAACUUUGGUCUUUUGAAUUAUAGCGGCAAGGUGGGAGCUAUUGGGCGAGACACCUUCCUGAACAAGUGGCUUUUUCCAUAUGCUGUGAUCAAAUAUGAUAUAGACAAAGGAGAGCCUUUGAGGGAUUCAUCUGGUUUCUGCAUAGAGGCUGCCAAAGGUGAACCUGGACUUCUGGUGACUGAAAUAACAGCAAAAUCUCCAUUUGUUGGUUAUGCGAGAGACUUGCAGCAAACUGAGAAAAAGAAGCUGCAUAAUGUCUUCAAGAAAGGUGAUCUGUACUUCAACACCGGCGACCUGCUGCACAUCGCUGAGGAUGAUUUCAUUUAUUUCAAUGAUCGUGUUGGAGACACGUUCAGAUGGAAAGGAGAGAACGUAGCUACAGCUGAGGUGGCUGACAUCCUCGUGCUGGCUGAUUGCAUUAAAGAGGCCAAUGUUUAUGGAGUCAAAGUGCCAGGUCAGGAGGGAAGAGCUGGGAUGGCUGCUGUUACUUUAAGAGAAGGACUGAAGUUUGACUCCUCAGCUGUUUUUAAACAUGUUGAGAACUUCCUGCCGACCUACGCCAGGCCACGCUUUAUCAGGAUUCAAGUGUCACUGGAUGCUACAGGCACGUUCAAGCUAAUAAAGACGAAACUGGUGGAGCAGGGCUUCAACCCAAAUGAAAUAACAGCCCGGCUCUACUUUCUGAAUGAAAAAGAGAAGAAUUACACUCCACUCACACCAGAUGUAUUUGAUUCAGUUAUAGCAGGAAACAUCAAAAUCUAAUUUUAAAGUACAAAAAACCCCCAAAUCCACCUUUUCACAUGCAAGCAGAUCAUUUUAAUGAGAGUAUGUGGUACUUUUGGCUGCACAUUUUAAUGACAAGGUGUAAAAACAUUUUUUUUUUUUUUAGCUUGGAUUUUAUGCACACCCCCAAGAUAAUUUUUCCUUCUAAGGCUAUCAUGUUUGAGCUUGAUGCACCGAGCUGUGAGUGUAGUGAUGGUUUCACUCAGCAAGUUUUUCCAGUUGAUUAAACUGAUUGCUGUGAGCUUUCUUACUGCAUUGCAUUCUGGUCCGUGUAGGCUGUUGGCAGUGUUGGAGCAAGUAUAUAUUUCUAUCAUUCAUUUGUUGUAUUGCCCUCUUUAUAGCUUCAGUACAAUUUAAGCUGCUCUUUUCUAUUAAUCAAAGUCCAGUUUUUUUUUUAAAUAAGUGAACAGUUUUAUGCAGGAUACCACUGUGGCAAAAAUAAGUCUUAAAAAAAACUUGUUAGAGAAAGCUGAUGAAAUUAAUGAAAUUUAUAGCUUUUUGAUUUAAAAAUUACUCUUCUAUCCUCAGUGUGAACUGAACUUGUUUCUUGUUUUUUUUCUUCUUCUUCUUUUUAAUUAAUUAGUUAGUUUCCUGUUAAGCAUCUAUAGAAAAAUCACUCAAACUCACUUUAGUGUUGAUUUCUGUGUGUUUGGUUUGAAGGAAGGAAAAAGAGUUCCUGCAGAAAUAAUUGGGCACCAAGUUUGUUGUCAUGUCCUGGGUCCUUAUGACCCAGCGUUUUUGGUUUAUGCUUUGUUUUGUAUUGUAUUUUUCUUUUCUGGGUUUCUUUUGUUGUGGGUUUUGGUUAUGUUUGGAUUUCUAGUUCUUUGUGUUGUCCUUCUGGUGUCACGUCUGUGUUAUGUUUUGCUUUCCAUGUCCUCCUGUUCUGAUUGUGCCUAUGUAAAUUUUGUUCUCGUGUUUUAGUCCCUUGUCUCAUGUCUCGUGUUUAGUUUGAUGUCCUGAUGUUUCCCUGUCUUUUGUAUUUGGGUUUCUGUUUUGGUCAUGUUUCAGUUCUGUCUGUGUGCCAGUCUCCCUACAGUAUGUGUUAAGUCUGCGUAUACAUGGUUUGGUUACUUCCUGUUUUUAUAUUGAUAGUCUCUUGCACUGUCUGCUUGUGUUUAUCAUUUUAAGCAAGAUUUGCUGUUACAAAACAUAGAUCUAUUUACAGGGUUAUUUUGCUGAACAAGGUACUCUGACCCUGAUGAACUACAUCUGAGUAAAUAUGAAUGACAAUGUAAGGGACCAAACAGUCAAAGGAUGUACAGGCACAGAUAUAAUUUUCAAAAUGUGGGUUUUAUUAUAACCCAAAGGAAAAAAAAAAAUUAUCAUGAAAAUAGGCUAUUUUAUAAAAGAGGUCAACUAAACAGAAUGCUACUCAAAAAUCAUGCAACACAACAAACUGACCAAACCAAAUGAGAGACAGCUCAACAUUUAUACCGGUGGUGUAAACCCUUUUGAAUACAAUGGGGGAAACUACAGGGACAAUAAGUUUAAGGAAACUCCAUUCUCCCCAUUCAGUCACAACAGAUGGUUCAGUCCAUUUGGUUGGCCUCUGCAUUUAAAUCGGCUCCACCCUCAGCCUCCUCUUUUGCUCAAACUAGUGAUGGGCAAAGGGAGGCUUUGUGAAAUGUUUGAAGCAAUUGUGCUGCUGUUGUGCCAGAAGUGAUUUCUGAUGUUUCAUUGUGUUUUUUUAUGUGUAAUAUCUUUGCUUAUAAUGGUAAAUAGAAUGUAGUCAACAGGAUUGAUGAAGGGUUCACAUAUAUAUAUGUGCUAAUAAGAAAUUACCUGUUUUGCAUUUAUCGUUAUGACUGUUAUUGUAUGUACAUUAUAAUCAAUCCAGACCCUUUUGGCCAUUUAAAAUAUCGUGACUGUGAUGUCAUAUUUGCAAUUUCUGCUGCCCUCUCGGCCAGAUGUUAUCAUUCAUGAAAGAUAUGUUUGAGGUAUGUUUAACAGAUUGUAAUCAUUUAAAACAGUUUAAAUACAGAUAAUCAUUCUUUGGCACAGCACCAAAAUUGUGUCGUUUUGAAACAAUCUGGCACACAUCUCCACAGUGACACCUACUGGCAACGUGUUGCUGUUUUCUCCUUCUGUCAGCAAACACGAGGCUUUCAGUUACUUAGUAAUUCAGUGCAAUGCACAACAAACCAAUUUAUGAAAUAACAUAUAUAGAGCAUCCAGUUUAUUGUGAUAAGCACAGAGGUUUUCAGCUGGAUGUGUUUGGCUGAUCUUUAAGCUUUCUGGGAGUCAUUGUCAUCAGGUUUAUUCUACACACUGUCAGGUUUUAGGUUUUAAUUUCAAUUAAUUCAGAAAUCAAUGUUUAAACAAAUAAACGACUAAAUGUAUUUUCCUUCUUAAAAACAACCCUAAAAUUUAUUAAGUUAUCAUAGGUUAAUUUUGACCAAUCAGCAUCUGAGUACGUCACAGUUCAGAGGUUAAUCAGCGGAGGAUGAAGAAACUGUGCUUUACUUUAUUUGCAGCUUAUACUGCGACAUGCGACAAUGAGACAUGGACAGGAUGUUUUAAUUCAGUCUGUUGAAGUUUUGGUUACACUGAAGCUGUACACCUUUGUUUGAGAGAUAUUUACAGUGUCCGUGAGAAUAAAGAAAGGUUUGUAUUUUUUCUUUCCUAAUUUGUUAAGAAAUGUUUGUUAAAAAAUAAUUCACAUGUAAUUAAUGGAUUUGUGUUACUUUAUUUUUUGUACAGUUCCCCAGUUUCUGGCUGCGGGUAAUUUGAGAAUGAACUCACUUCAUGCAGCAAAUACAUUUUCUGCCUAAAGUAGAAAAAAUACAGAACAGACAAGAGUUAGAUGUCUGCCCGAUUUAUUUUCUAAUUUAAAACAGACGUUUUCUGUUGAGAAAUGGCUGCGCUAUAAAUCUAUGGAUUCACAGCGCAGUGCUACUGCUCUCUCUCUCUCUCUCUCUCUGCUGAUGGUGGAGCUCAGCUCACCCAGCAGUCUCUUUCUUUCUCUGUCAUAUCUAUAUGACAGGAUGUGAAAUGAAUGGAUAGCUGACAUAGUGAGCCAGCGUGAUGAAAGCGGCAGAAGGGCGUGACUCUGCCAUCUCAAUGUACAGUUUUCUACCACUAUUUCACAGCAUGGUGUGUAUUACAUGAGAAAAGCAAUGAGAUUUUCACAGCUGUGAAUUAGGUUGGGCCCUAAGGCUGAACUUGCUGCUUUGUAUCAGUUCAUAUGACAGAUAAAAGGACGCAAAGUGCGUACUUGUCACCUUGCUCGUAAUCGCUGGCUGUGUUUACCUCUGUGCCGCACACAGAUGCCACAGUAGUUUUUUUUUUUUUUUUUUAACCACAGUCCUGGUGACCCUCUGCAGAGUUCUCCUGUCUGCAGAAGGGCAAGGCAGCAAACCAGACAGACACACAGUACAUCAGCAAUGGCUCUAUGGAGGCUCAAUAGAAGGACACCUGCAUCUUUUCCUCCAGGUGGUUCCUCCGCAGGACACGCAGGAAGGGGGCUCUCUGCUGGGCCCUUUUUUCCAGUGCUGCUGUGUUGGCAGUCCAGGUGAAGUCCUCAGAAAUGUGGGUCCCCAGGAACUUGAAGGAGGCUACUCUCUCUACACCAGGGGUAGGGAACUCCAGGCCUCGAGAGCCAGUGUCCUGCAGGUUUUAGAUGUGUCCCUGAUCCAGCACACCUGACUCAAAUGACUGAAUUACCUCCUCAGUCUGCAGUCAAGUUCUCCAGAG